UUGAUAGAGAACAUUUCAACAAUAAUAUUUCAUUUCAGAGCAAAGACCAACCAUCAUGCCUUUGCUCUUACUGCUGGCUCUCAUACCUUGCUGUGGAGGGAUCGUUCCCAUCACUGUUUCCACCACAGCCAAGUGGAGCUCAGCUUCCAUUUACAACUACAGCGAAAUUCCUGCAAAAACAAAUUGCACAUCACAGCAAGAAUCUUCAUCCCUGACCUACUUGGUGGACACUACUGGUUCUAUGUCUGAUGAUCUUCAACAACUAAAACUGGCCAAUGGAUGGCUCCUUGAUCGUGUAUAUGCAAGGUUUCCUUGUGGUGUGCGGCAAUAUACCAUGGUGGAAUUCAAUGAUCCAACUGUGGGUCCUGUGAGAGUCACAAAUUCCAAAUCCAUGUUUGGAGAUUUCUUCAACAGCCUGGUGGCUUAUGGAGGCGAUGACUGUCCCGAGCUGGCAAUGAGUGGACUUGAACUGGCUCUCCAGAGAUCUCCACCCAACUCUUUCAUUUUAGUGCUAACCGAUGCAUCAGCAAAAGAUUACAAUAACAUUACAAUUGUAAACAAUGUGCGUUCCCUUAUAAACACGACAAAUUCUCAGAUAUUUUUCUUGAUCACUGGACUUUGCUUAGAUUUGAAUGACCCCCAGUUUCUUAUAUAUAGAGAGCUUGCAAAACUGAGUUUUGGACAUGUUUUCCAAAUUAGCCUUUCUGAUUUGGGCAAGGCCUUUAAUUAUUUGGACUUUACUCUCUCAAGACCUGCUAACAGCUCUGUUCAAGUGUUUUCUGGAGAAUAUAGUGCUGGAAAUCACUCAGACAGUUUUCCUGUUCAAAGUAACUUCUCCUCAUUGAUAAUAACAACAGAUGGAUCUGUUUACUCUAUACGAGUUCUUGGGCCAGGCUCUGUUGAUGUUCCUUUAAAAAACAUUGUGUCCGAAAUGUGGGGAUCCAUGUAUGUUGUGAAGUAUCCUGGGAAAGGAAUUUGGAUGUAUAACAUAUACGCAGGCGGGCCACAUUCAGUUCGAGUAGAGGGAUUUACAGCUUCUAACAUAUCAUCCGCAGCACGUUGCUCCGAUUGCCAUACUAAUGCAUCAUGUGAAGAAGCUCUUGGAAUCCUGCAAUGCUUGUGCAAGGAUGGGUUCAUUGGAGAUGGCUUCACAUGCUCAGAUGUCGACGAAUGUGCCUACUCCUGGUCCAACAACUGUUCCUCUGGAAUAUGCAAAAAUACCUUUGGCUCUUAUAUUUGUGACUGCAGGCCUGGCUACAAAAAAACUCUGGCAAACACUUGUGUUGAUAUUGAUGAGUGUUCCCGUCCAGACCUUAACAACUGCAGUGCUUUGGCAUCAUGCAUAAAUAGUGCUGGCUCAUAUUCGUGUGUGUGCCCAGCUGGCUAUUUUGGCAAUGGGUUCAUUUGUUCAGUUGAUGAGUGUUCAGCAGGUGUGUGUGGAAAAGGAAUGGAAUGUAUUAAGAACGUGUCGUACUCUUGUUCUGACCCGUGUUUAUAUAAUACUGUGCUCGAUGAGCCUUGGAGGAGCACAAAUAAUACCUAUUUAACACGAUACAAUUGUGAUACAGAUAAAGUGGGAUGGUACCGCUUUGUGGGUGCUGGAGGUGUACGCAUGUCGGAGAGUUGUGUACCAGAACUAAGAUGUGACACACAUGCUCCUAUGUGGAUAACUGGGUCCCAUCCAUUGGUCUCAGAUGGCAUUGUUAGCCGCACUGCUUGUGCUCACUGGAGUGGAAAUUGUUGCUUAUGGUCAACAACUGUCCUUAUUAAGGCUUGUACUGGUGGAUACCAUGUCUACAAACUCAAUAGAACCCCAGUCUGCCACCUGACUUAUUGUACAGAUCCAUCCACAGUCAGUGACUACUCCACAUGUGCAGCAGAUGAAGUGAAGAGAUUUAUAAAUGGAACAUACCAAUGUCAAUGCAAAGAUGAAUAUAAAGUGUCUGCUCUUUCAGAGAUUCGCCCUACAUUGACAUGUGAGAAUCGCGCUAUAAGAGCGACAUUUCAUAAAUGCCAGCUGAAAACACUGAACAUUAAUAUCCAAAGUAUUAAUCUGAAAAACAGCAAGUGCUUUCUUUAUCAGGAAGAUAGUGCUACAAACACCAUUUCUGUCCUGUCGCCUCUCCAAAUGGACGUGGGAUGUGGGAUGCAGUUAAUAAGAAAUGACACUCAUGUUACUUAUAUAAAUGUAUUGGACCUUUCCAUGGAAUCGGGGGACCUCAUCAUAAGGAACGAGGAGCUGAUUGUAAAACUGUCAUGUACAUACCAGGUCAAUAUGUUAGUCAGUCUCAGCACAGCCUUGCAUCCUUUUGUCAGCUCAACAAAUAUCAGCAUUGGAGGAACAGGACAAUUCAAAGCAUACAUGGCUCUUUACAAAGACAAUAAUUACCUUUCUGUAUAUGAGGGAGCAGAAGUCAUAUUAUCAUCCAGCUCUCUUCUUUAUAUCGGGGUAUUUCUUGAUGGUCUUGAUGUAUCUCAGUAUGCUGUGGUGAUGGGGAACUGCUACGCUACUCCAUCAAGCAAUGCUGAUGAUCCUAUAAAAUACUAUAUUAUUCAGAACAGCUGUCCCAACAAACAGGAUUCAUCUAUAACUGUAAUGGAAAAUGGAGUCUCUAGCAAAGGCCGCUUUUCUGUGCAGAUGUUUAAAUUUGUUGGUGGUUACGACCUUGUGUACAUGUACUGUCAGAUAUACCUGUGUGAUCUGAAGACUGGAUCCUGCGCACCCGUCUGCUCUGGAAUUAGGUCUCUUAGUGGCCCUGAUCAAGAAAACUAUUCCUUGAAAUUGGGUCCAAUUAAACGUCAAGAUCCCCCGAAAUCUGGUGCAGAUGGCACACAGGCUCCAUGGGUUCUUCUCAUAUCUGCUCUCCUGUUUUUGGCAAAAGCUUAGUUUGUAUAACACAUGCUGUGCAUCGAAUGAUCAGACUUUGCACUGAUAUUUGUUAUUGAAACAGCAAUUAGUGUGCUAUACAGGCAUGAAGUGCAGUUUAUAUCUGGUAAUUGGGAAAAAAAACCCCACAUCAAGAUCAUUGGGCCCCUAAACCUACGCAAGUUAUGUAAUUUAUACAAAAACUAACAUAAACUCAAGCAUUGACAGCACAGAGCAGGGAGGUAGGAAGGGAUUAAACUUAGGGCAAACUCCACUGACCCCCUAUAAACUGAAUGUCUUAUUAGCACAUUAAUCAAUGGAACUGUUUAAAUGAUCUGCACACACAAGGGGGCGUGGCCAAAAUGUUGGUACUGUGUGCUUGUGUUUAUGGGGGCCCUGUUUAAAUAAGUUGUACGGGCCCCCAAGGUGUCUGUUGGAGACCCUGGGUGUAGGUGAGGCUUCAUAAAAUAAAUAAGUUGGCUCUUUAUGUUCAGAGGUUGUGGAUGAUAGGGCACAGUCCUUCACAUAUGAUGGCAGUACUCUGGGCUACAGUCUAUGCCCAUUUUAAAACCUACUGCAUAAAAACCCUUGUUUUUAGCACUUUGAACCCCUUAUAUGUUUAUUUUUUUGUAUCAGUGACAAUGUAACCAUUUCUUUGUUUUGAAAAUGAAAUAAACUCUUUUAAACAAACAGA